AUGAAGGAGACAGAGAGGAGUCUCCCCGUCUCCCUCGCUUCGGGAGAAAAGCGUAAUGUUCGUUUGUUUGGGUCUGAGGGGCCCCCCUGGGGGCCCUGGGGGCCCCUUGCUGGUUCUAGUUGUCUCUCUGGGGUGUACAGACAGCGUGGGGUGUAUAGGCAGCAAGAGGAGACAGCAGAAGAGUUGAGCUCAGAUGAAGGAGACAGAGAAGAGUCUCCCCGUCUCCCUCGCUUCGGGAGAAAGAAGAAAAAAGGAGACAAACAGCGGGGUGUACAGACACCGCAACAACAGCAGCAACAGCAGCAACAGCAGCAAGAGAAACUGCAGCAGCAGCAGCAGCAGCAGCAAGUGCAGCAGCAGUACCAGGGCCCUUGGGGCUUUGCAUGCACCACACCAGACAAACAGCGGGGUGUACAGACACCGCAACAACAGCAGCAGCAACAGCAGCAACAGCAGCAAGAGAAACUGCAGCAGCAGCAGCAGCAGCAGCAGCAGCAAGUGCAGCAGCAGUACCAGGGCCCUUGGGGUUUUGCAUGCACCACACCCCAGUUUUGGCGGGCAGAUGAAAGAGAGAGAUGGGCACGAUCCAAGAGACUAAGCAGCAGCAGCGAAGACACUGGCCCCCAGCGAGCUGCAUGCAUGCAUGAGCUGCCUAUACACCCGAACGCUGUGCUGCUUCUAGCAGCAAAAAAGCAGCAGCAGCAGCAACAACAGCAGCAGCAGCAGCAGCAGCAACAGCUGCAGCGACAGCAGCGUACACACUGCACAGCAACACACACACAGCAGCAGCAGCAGCAGCAGCAGCGGCAGCAGCAGCAGCAGCAGUUUCAUGAGGUGGUGUUUCUCGAGGACUAUAUAAAAGAAGAAUACAAAAGAGACAAAAAAAAAUACAUAAAAAAAAAACCAAAAACAAGCGCCAGCAGCAGCCAGCUGCUGCAGCCAGCUGCACCUGGGGGGCCCCCCGGGGGGUGGUGGGGCCCCCCCCCUUCAUGCAGCAACCAGCAGCAAAAAGAAAGAAAAAAAAAACAGAAAUACACAAUACCCUGGUCUUACUAUCAUGAGGUAGGAGACAGCCUAGACCUACCAGCUGUACAUACACCCCAAAUCGAGGCCCCUGCGGAGACACCCCGGGAGACACAAAAGGAUAUCGACCCCAAACUGCAAGCUGUCCUUGAAAAUGAAGCCGUUCGAUUGUAUGAGGCCGCCACCGGCGUCCUCCCCUCCAUCUUUGGGGGAAUUCGCAAAACAAGGAGAGAGAAACACCCCAAAGACAACACACAAAAUAAAGAGAGAGAAACACCCCAAAGACAAGCUGGUCCCCUUCCAUAG